ACCUGCCAUUGCUCCACCGGUCUUUGUAUUUCAGAAGGAUAAAGCACAGAAGUCCCCUGCAGAGCAAAAAGGUUUGUCGGAUUCAGGCGAGGACCCCCAGGGAGAGGUUGAGCCCCCCCGCCAUGGUCUGGGUGGCAAAGAACCAGCUGGUGAGCGCGACUCUGAGCACCCUGCUCCCGCUGUUGCCUCAGUCAGUGCUACCCUGAGUCCCGCUUCUGAAGCCCAGCUUGCUCCUAUUCAACAAGAACUGGCAGGGAUGAUAGUCCCAUGCAGCCUUAACCGGUCCCGUUGUGUGUUGCCCAAUCCUUGUGUGUCUGCCUGUUCUCCAUGCCAAAGUAUGACUGGUUGCAGUGGGGCAGGAGGAGUGCUGGGGCUGUCCUGGGCUGUGUCCGUGAGCUGCUGUCCCUCCCAAGUCAGCCGGGCUCUGAAGCGAGGCCAUGAAGGCGAGAGAUCAGCAGAUGGGUCAAGUCCGGAAGACGGAGAUGAAUCUGAUAGAGAGGAUGGGAACUACUGUCCACCUGUAAAGCGUGAGAGAACUUCAUCCCUAACUCAGUUCCCUCCUUCUCAAUCAGUAACAAAGAACAACGUCUUUAUGCCAUCAAGCUUCUGUGAACCCUCGACAGGCAAUUCUGACUCGGAACCAGAGGAGAAGAGCAGUGGAUUCCGGCUGAAGCCACCAAUACUUAUCCAUGGUCAGGCACCUAGUGCAGGUCUCCCUAGCCAGAAACCGAAGGAACAGCAGCGAAGUGUGCUACGUCCAGCAGUAUUACAGGCACCGCAGCCAAAAGCUUUCUCGCAGAUGGUUCUCAGCAGCGGCACUAAUGGUGUAAAUAUCCCGCCAGAUUCUGUAGCCACGUCAGAAUCGCUAAGUAAUGCAACACUGAAAAGUUCUGACUCUGAAGACAAGGCAGGAGAAUGUCAGAAAAAAGAGUCCAACAAUACUUCAGAUGAUGACAGCUGUGAGAAGGCAGAACUAAAUGCACAGCAAGCGUUUGUAUUUGGGCAAAACUUAAGAGAUAGAGUUAAGCUAGGAGAUGAAAGUGAUGAAACUGCUGAUGUGCAGAAUGCAGGCCUUCCUACAUCAGAUGUACCUUCUGCAACAAAUUAUUUUCUACAGUACAUCAGUUCCAGUGUAGAGAACUCUACAAACAGUGCAGAUGCAUCUAGCAACAAGUUUGUUUUUGGACAGAACAUGAGUGAGCGAGUCCUAAGUCCACCAAAAUCGAAUGAAGGUAGUACAGAGAGUAAUAAGGAGAAUGCUGCUACAGAGUCUGGGUCUGAAUCAUCUUCUCAGGAAGCCACGCCAGAGAAAGCUAAUAAUAUUUCAGAGUCGCUGGCAGAGUCUGCAGCAGCCUAUACUAAAGCAACGGCGAGGAAGUGCUUGUUAGCGAAGGUAGAAGUGAUUACUGGGGAGGAAGCUGAAAGUAAUGUGUUACAGAUUCAGUGCAAGCUGUUUGUAUUUGAUAAAAACUCUCAGUCUUGGGUGGAAAGAGGUCGAGGACUUCUGAGACUCAAUGAUAUGGCCUCGACAGAUGACGGAACAUUACAGUCUCGGCUGGUGAUGAGGACUCAGGGGAGUCUCCGGUUAAUCUUAAAUACCAAGCUCUGGGCUCAGAUGCAGAUCGAUAAAGCCAGCGAGAAGAGUAUCCGGAUCACCGCCAUGGAUACAGAGGACCAGGGAGUUAAAGUUUUUCUUAUAUCAGCAAGCUCUAAAGAUACAGGGCAGUUGUAUGCUGCGUUACACCAUCGGAUCUUGGCCUUGCGGAGUAGAGUGGAACAAGAGCAAGAAGUCAAGAAUGUAGCACCAGAGCCAGAGGUAACGCAAUCAAAUGAGGAAGACAGUGAUGAUGAUGUCAUUGCACCUUCAGGAUCAGUUGGAAGUGGUCCUAAUGAUGAAGGUGACGGGCAGAAUGUUGGCAGCACAUAGCAGAUGUGAGCCGAUCUGCUUGCAAGGCUGCUAUGAACACCAUCUUGCAGGCAUCUCUGGAUACCCCAGGCCAGCUAUUAUUUCAGGCAGUGUUGAAGGCUCCAGGACUUAAGAACUGUGCAUCCCUGUUCUGUUUGUUUGGUUUUUUGGUCUGGAUCAGUAGAUUCCACACAAAAAAAGCAGACUUGGAAACUACCUGAAUGUGGUUUGGGACGUGAAAGCUCAUCAUAUUGAUGAGCCAAAAAAAAAAAAACCAAACAUUUCCCCUCUUCCUUGUAAUUGAAAUGGCACAUUACAGCUUGUCACAGCUUUUCAUUGGGACCUUUUGACUGUUUCUUCAGUAGUUCAUGUCUUGCAGGCCUCCGAGAUAGAACUUUCCGACAUGGUUCCAACUCGAAUUCUGCUUUCCUAACCCCUCUCCCCCUUAUGAGUUUCUGCCACCUGCAGGGAAACCGUGUCCUCAGCAGUUCCUACGCUCACUGACUGCCCUUUCAGGUUCAUUCUCUUUCUGAACUGCAGAUGGGGCAGGUGAUGUUUUUACCUUUCAAUCCCGCCGUAGGUUGUGGACACCGUUGUUCCCUGUCUAGUGGGUUUGUAAACAGAGAGAAACAAAACAUUGUGGUUCACGAGAAAAGCUUUUUUUAAUGCGGUAAUAAGAGACUUCAAAGUCUACAGGACGUUUUGCUAACUCCUUUUCUUUCUUCCCAUUUCAUUAUUAUUAUUUGGGGAUUUAUAUUGUGGUGAUACUUUUUUAUUUUAGUUUUUCAAUAAGAUGCUCUUGUGUGUUGAAAAAGUGAAACUAUUGUUUUGUACUGUUCUUUUCUGUUACUAUUUAAGGGAGAGCUAAGCCACUAUAUAUAAUAGAUGUUGCAUACAAUUUUUCUUAGAAAAUUCUGUUUCUGUGGCUACAGUAAUGCGUAGGAGGCAUACAGGUUACACCUUCAGAAAAGCGGAUGAGGAAACAGCUGUGUUAGCCCUUGGAAGAAUAAAAUAGGCUCAUGUAAUGAGCUCUGUCAGCCAUUAAGAUAAAUCUGUAUAAUAAAGCAGCUCUCAUUUAAUGGCUUGAUUCAACAAGCCAUUUAAGCACUUGCCUGACUUAACUACAUGUGAAUAAUCUUAUUGAAGUCAACGCAACUAUUCACGCUUCAAGUUGAGUACGUUUUUAAACACCUUGCUGAAUUAACGGCCUUAAAUAGAAAAUUAACUUCUAACCCUUCCUGUCCCUGUUCUGUUUCCUGAAGUCUUGCAGCAUGAAGAAAAAGGUAAUCUUGCCAGCUUUGAAUAGUUUGGGCUGAAGGAUAUUGUACUCUGUUCCACCAAAAUAAAAGCAAGAAUGUGUUUUCCUGUGUGUAAUUCUGAAGUCCUCCUACUGUAACCAUAACUCACGUUUUGCUUUGGAUGUUUUCCAAUCAUUUGGGCCUUCUGUGUGAAAGUGGAGGUUUAUUUUGUUAUUAAAACAUACGGUAAUUCUUGGCCAGCAAAGUUGGAAUUUGGUAGUCACUAAGAACAGUGACCACAUCGCUCUCCCUAGAAAUCCCCCAAACUGUUCUGUUUCCUUUUGUAGUUUACUGAUAGAGAAUUUCUGACUUGCUUGCUCUUUCUCCUGUAGGUUGAGGAGCUCUGAAAUGUACCGUUUAAAAGAAAAUUAGAGGGGAAGAAACAUUUAAUGUAGCCUGCAUUGAAAAUGAAAACCCAGGUUGUAGCACAAAAGCAACUUGGCAAUGAUUCAAAUAGCAAAACGGUCCGUAUUGCCUCUAUGUCAGCGAAAGACACUUUCCACUGGGAGGAAAGAACACGGUUUUUACCUGUUGUUGGUUGUUAACCCUUGUUGGAGACUUAAGCUGUUGGGGCAGGGGGUGCUUUACUUUUCCUGACAGCCCGUUGAAGGAACAUCUUGGAUUACUUGUCCAGGGUGUGAAAAGGGCUAAUGAUUAGCUGUGCCACUGCAUUUGUGAUUUCUCUGGAUUGUCUGCUCAUGCCUUUUUGCAUUUUGUUUUUUAUUUUCUCCUUAGAGUUAUGGGGUUUUUAACCAUGCACAAACCUGUUGGUGCACCCCUUCUCAUGCAGCUCACUAACAGAAGCAGAGCGUGUUUCUUACCCACCCACCCAGUUGUUUCUGCAUCACAAGGUCUGGGGAACUUGUGUAUUUUCCAAUAAGUGAUCUGCAUUUUUGGAUCUUGCAUCUGUUUUACACUGAGAUAGUCAGAUGUAAACAACCUUGGCUUUUCAAACAACCUUGCAGCAUGAAGCUGCUUGUUGCCAGCAUAAAGAAAAUUAACAAGCGGGGCCUAAUUUUGGAGAAAUGAAUGUUUUAUUUCUUGGUCCCACACUCCACAGGGUCUAUGCAGAGCCUCUCUUCCAGGUGCUUUACCUGAAAUGAAAUUUUAGGUGCAUGGAGAUUCAGAAAAACGGACUAAACCGUUGCUUUGGGGUUUAGUGGUGGUACACAAUCACCUACAGCAUUCUAAAAAAAAAAAAAACCAAACCAACCUGGCAACUGUUUACUGAUACAAAUGUUAUUUAGGCUGGAAGCUUUG